AUGGCUCCGGUUUUACACAAAUGCACUUUUUGUUUCAACCACUAUAAAUUAAGACCGGACGAGAAAUUACACCGGCACGGAGGGAAAGAGAAGGGUCAAGAAUGCCCUGGGUCUAUGAAAGCGGUCGACCAACCAUCGGCCGUGUCUACAGGACCUUCGGGUUUGGCUCCCCGUGCUGCACCUGUCAACGAGGGUCGCGAAGCCGCACCUACAUCAGCUUCGGUCACGGAGGCUCCCAUGGGAACUGACCUUAACGCUUUUUUUGACAGACUGACGGCCGCCUUGCUCCAUUGUUUUUUCCCAUAUAUCCUCAAAAAGCCUGCCAGAGGGGGUCGAAGAUUCAACCAGGGUAAUCAUGUUAACAAACGAUUGGCAGAUUACUCUACAUUGGAGGUUGAGUCUAUUGCGGCUGGCUUUGAAAUCGACAAUACAAUAAAGCCACGAAAAAACAAUCCAAACAGUUGGAUUCAAACCGCAAUCGCCCGCAUAGAACAGGGCAAUCUUUCGGCGGCUGUCAGGCUUGUUUGCUCUCCCGAGGGUCUGGCGGGGGACUUGCCUGAGACAUUGGUUAGACUCAACGCCAUCCACCCCAGGUCACCAUCGGACAGGCGAGUCUUUCCUGCACCGGAAACCGUAAAUGGUUGCGUUUCACCCACCCAGGUGUUGUCAGCCCUGAAGUCAUUUAGGAAUGGUUCGUCUGGAGGCCUUGACUGCCUAAGGCCCCAGCACAUUAAAGAUUUAAUUUCAGGCCCACUGCCCAUUGACGAGUUUGUAAGCUCCCUAACACAGUUUAUAAAUAUAAUUUUAUCUGGCGCGUGCCCAUCCGCCGCCAGCCGUUUCUUUUUCGGGGAGCUGAAAUUUGCCCUCGACCGAGUGUCUCAUCUUCCGGUCCACGACGCGCUGACCAUCGUCCGCAACGCCCUUAGUUUGCCUAGAUUGAUGUAUUUCCUUCGUACAUCCUUCUCGGUUGAUGCAUCCAUUUUGGGCGGAUUCGAUGGCGCCCUGAGGUCAGCUUUGUCAGCCCUAUGCAAUGCUUCAAUACCCGUUCUUAAAGAGCCCUCGGGAAUUUCCGCGUUGGAUGGAAAACGUCCGGAUGGCUGCACGUUGAUUCCUUGGAGAGCCGGUAGAUGCCUGGCGUGGGACGUAACCGUUCCGGGCACAUUAGCGGAACGGUACGUGCACUUAACCAGCAAAGAAAGUGGUUUGGCCGCAACCAGGGCAUCGGAUGAAAAGUUUAAAAAAUAUGAAGGUGCCCUGCCCUCGAUGGAUUUUUUACCUGUUUGCAUCGAGGUUCUUGGCCCGAUGGACAACAACACUUCAAUAUUUUUUAAAAAGAUUUGCAAAAUGAUAAGUGGCAGGUCCGGCGACAGCAGAGAGCUAUUUUUCGCCAUGAAUCAUAUAUCUUGUUUGCUGCAAAGGUUUUUGCGCGUCUGUGUUACCGAAAAUGUUCAAUUAAACGCCGACGCACGAAGAAAUAUUGGGGCACUUAAAAAUAUUGCAAUAUAA